AUACAUAUGCGUGUGUAAACCAUUCAAGAGUGGAGCUAAUUUUUUUAACUUCAGUUCAAUUCCGACAACGUUUCAAGUAAGUUGCAUGAAAAUUUGCUGGAAAAAUUUAUUAAAAAAUCUUGAAAUAAUUUCAAAACCAAGAAAAAGUUGAAGUCAACAUGAGAAAUGUAAUUUUCAUUUGCAUUGUUUUAUUACUGUCAGCUUCUUCCAUCAAAGCUGGCCCAUUGGCAUACGGAAUAUGCCAAACUGGCUGUAAUGCCAUGGUUGUUGCAUGCUACGCAGCAGCCGGGUUCACUUUUGGAACUGUUACGGCUGGAGCUGGUGUUCCGGCAGCAAUAAUUGCUUGCAAUGUGGCUUUAGGGACCUGCAUGGCUGCUUGUGUUGCGGCAGGAUGUGCGCCUACACCAUAAACUAUAAGUACAUUUAAAAUUAAGCUUUUAAAUUUUUAGAUGGCUUUUUUAUAAUGACCAUCAAAAUUGAAAGAAGUAGAAAAUGUUCACAAACCAAAUAAAGAACUUGUUCGAACAAAUGGAACUACUUUUAUGUUGCUUGACUGCUAUUUCUGGUUAAAUCUACAUUUCAACUAAACUCAAGACAUUGAAUUUGUAAAGAAUCAGUUUCAGUUAAUGUCAAUUCGCCAUGAAAGAAUAAAACACAAGCAAAACUUGUGAGAAUGAG